AACCAGCAGUUUCUGAUCCUCUUCCCAAUCAAACUCUAGGCUUGGAGAAGCCAAAGCCUCCAACAAACAAAUACGCCUUGGCCUGUGCCACGCUUGCUUCCAUGACCUCAACCCUCUUGGGUUAUGAUAUAGCAGUGAUGAGUGGUGCUUCUGUUUUCAUUCAAAAAGACCUAAAAGUAAGUGAUACCCAGAUCGAAAUCCUCGCCGGCGUCAUCAACCUCUACUCCCUGAUCGGCUCCAUCGCCGCCGGCCGGACCUCCGACUGGAUUGGCCGCCGCUACACAAUUAUCUUCGCGGCUGCCAUCUUCUUCGCCGGGGCCCUCCUGAUGGGCCUCGCCCCAAACUACGCCAUCCUCAUGGUCGGCCGCUUCGUCGCCGGUAUCGGCGUUGGCUACGCUCUCAUGAUCGCCCCAGUCUACACCGCCGAGGUCGCCCCGACCUCGGCCCGCGGCUUCCUCACCUCCUUCCCGGAGGUCUUCAUCAACUCCGGCGUCCUCCUCGGCUACGUCUCCAACUUCGCCUUCUCCAAGCUCUCGUAUCACAUCAACUGGCGCAUUAUGUUCUGCGUCGGUGCCGUGCCGCCGAUAUUCCUAGCCAUCGCUGUUCUCGCCAUGCCCGAGUCGCCUCGGUGGCUCGUCAUGCAGGGCCGGCUUGGCGAGGCCAAACGGGUCCUCGCCAAGACCUCGGACACACCGGAGGAAGCCCAACUCCGUUUCCUGGCCAUCAAAGAGGCCGCUGGAAUACCCGAAAACUGUGACGACGACGUCGUCGCAGUAUCAAAGAAAAGCCACGGGGAGGGCGUGUGGAAAGAGCUUCUACUUAGACCGACACCGUCGGUGCGCCGUAUACUGAUCGCCGGCAUCGGACUACAGUUCUUCCAGCAGGCUUCAGGCAUCGACUCGGUGGUGUUGUACAGUCCUCGAGUGUUUGAGAAGGCCGGGCUGAAGAGGGAUUCCAAUUCCUUAGGCGCCACGGUGGCCGUCGGGUUCAUGAAGACGGCGUCCAUCUUGGUGGCGACAUUCUUGGUAGACCGUGUCGGGCGGCGGCCGUUGCUCCUUUGCAGCGCCGGAGGGAUGGUUAUUUCUCUCGUGAUUCUUGCUUCCAAUUUGUGUAUUAUCCAACACCAUCCUCACGAGAAGCUGACAUGGGCCGCGGCGAUUUCGAUCUCGACGGUGCUGACGUUCGUCGGCUCGUUCUCGAUCGGGCUCGGGCCGAUCGCGUGGGUGUACACCUCGGAGAUCUUUCCGCUGAGGCUGAGGGCGCAGGGGGUGAGCUUGGGGACGGCCACCAACAGGGUUAUGAGCGGGGUGAUCACCAUGACGUUUAUAUCGCUCUAUAAGGCGAUUACCAUAGCUGGGAGCUUCUUUCUUUACGCCGGGAUUGCGGCGGUCGGGUGGCUCUUCUUUUAUUUCUUCUUGCCGGAGACGAGGGGGAGGAGUCUGGAGGAGAUGGAGGUGAUCUUCGGUAAGAAGCCGGAAGGUGGAGAAGAAAAGAAGAAGGGGGAGUCGGAAGUAGCGAACGGAGGUGGAGAAGGGAGCAAUGCGAAGACUGAGAUGGUCUGACGCAAUUACUCUCUAAUUACUUUGUCACUUGAACGUUGUGAUCUUGAAUCACUGAGCAAAAUCAAACUGUAAAGCACUUGACGCGGGGUGCUUUAAUUAUGUUCUCGCUUAUUAGUUUGGCUUGUUGAUUUGUUAUUCAGCCGAACUCACAGCAACUCAUAUAAUUAUGAUCAUAAAAAUGAUAUGUUGUACAAAUAUAUAUACAUAUUAAGCUGAAUUUGUGUAAGUUUAAAUCCAGCUAGUUCUUGCUUGGGCCAUUUGUAAAUUGAUGGAGAUAAACGUGUGCCAUAUCU